AUGAAGACUUCGAUAACAUCAGAUGUGUGGGAGAAGAAGAAGGCCCUCAUUGCCAAACUGUACAUGGAGGAGGAAUGGCCACUCAAGCAGGUCAUUAAGCAGAUCCGUUCGGACGAUUUCAACCCAAGUGAAACACAAUUGCGCAGCCGCCUCAAGAAAUGGCGUGUUACAAAACCCUCACGCCAAACUCGCAAGAAGCCUCAGGGUGUAGAUGAUGAUUUCGACAAGGAUGGAAGAUCCUCUACCGCCUCUCCUCGCAAUCAGAAACAAUCGCCAAUUUUAAGAGAUGCCGUCAAACACCCGGAGUGGGCGCAUCCCCUCUAUGCGCCUCAGCCUCAGCCUCACGUCGUUUCUCAACAACUGACUCCCAGCCCAUCGGGCGAUGGUUUAAUUUGCGAUCACUCGGCCGUAUUCACCGAUCCCAGUCCAUCCACUUCUUCUUUCGAGCACCCCGGUCAAACAUCCACAGCGGGCCCAGGCUUGAUGGUCAACACUUCCUCCGUUGUGACUCCGACCUAUUCGACUCUCCCACUUUCACCCGAGUCAUGUCUCCCUAGCCCGGGAGCAACAAAUACUCAUAUGGCCCAGUGGCCUCCUCGUUCAGUCUCCCUCGACGUGGGUCUUAAUCAACCGAUGCAUCCUCCGGCCCCUUGGUACUCAGUCCCCUUUGAACCAGUCACUCCGCCAUCCAUUGUCCCCCACUCUACACCUCUUCCAGCUUCUGCCUCGGGAUACAUGAUUCCUCCCCAGGGAAUGUUUUCUCAAGAAUUCACUCACUACCCCGGAGAAGACUACCAAAUUUACGACGCAAAGCCGUGGAAGCGCACCAUGUCUCUCCAAUAUGAUUACGGUCAACAUCAACAUCACCACGGCCAUGCUCGCCCCGAUCAAUCCGACAGAAAAUACCACUACCAAGCAGCCUACCACCAUCCCCACGGCGACAUGGUUUCUCUCCCGCCUAGUCAACCAGUGAUGUGCGCGCCCAUGAUGCCGUACUCCAACUAA